AUGAGCAAACAAUCGAAGGUUUGUACAAUUGGCGUGCUGGCAAACACAAUGAACGUAGCAGUUCUUACCCGACGAGAUAUGGCCGCAGCGCCCAUCAACCGUCUGCUGAAGUGGCUGGCAGUAGCUGACGUCUUUGUGAUGCUGGAAUAUGUCCCGUUCUCCAUAUAUAAAUACCUGCUACUUCCGGAAACACUGGACUUUUCAUAUUCCUGGGCUAUGUAUCUGCUGUUCCAUAUGCAUUUUGCGCAGAUAUUGCAUACAGCCUCGAUUUGCCUCACAUUGUCGUUAGCGAUAUGGAGAUAUAUUGCGAUAAAAUACUCAGAUCGGAGUCACAUCCUAUGCACCGAGAGGCGCUGCAGCAUCGCAAUACUGAGCAGUUUUAUUCUCCCACCAAUAUUAUGCAUACCGACAUUCAUGGUAUUUGACAUUCAUACACAAAAUGUUAGUGACACUCGGGGACGCCCUGAAUUAGCAUAUCACGUAGAUUCGAACAGCCAAGGAAUCCUUUACCAAUUAAACUUCUGGGUUCACUCCGUGUUAAUCAAACUGUUACCUUGUUCGAUUCUAACAAUUAUAAGCCUAUGGCUUAUUCGGGCCUUGUAUAGUGCGAAUCAACAUCAAAAGAAUUUAAGAAACUACAGCUCAUGUCCCGCCGCCGAGAAAAUGGUAAAGCGGCAACAUAAAGCUGACAAAAGGACUGAUAGAACCACGAAGAUGCUGCUCGCGGUCCUACUUCUGUUCCUAGUGACGGAGCUUCCGCAAGGGAUUUUGGGGCUGAUGAGCGGCUUGCUGGGGUCAUGUUUCUUUAAACGAUGCUAUGGACUGUUUGGGGAGUUAAUGGAUUUCCUGGCAUUACUGAAUGGAGCGAUAAACUUCAUCUUGUAUUGCUCGAUGUCGCGUCAGUUCAGACAGACGUUUCGGCAGCUACUGUUGCAGAAACACUUUGCUAGAUUCCUGCCAGCCACCGGCUCGCAUUCGGAUUCGCAUAACCAGAACACGUACACAGUUAAGAUAAAAAGGUAA